AUGGUGUGUAGAGUGGCCAACCUCCGUUCCAAGGUGUCCUACUCUGCAAUUGUCACUCUGGGAGAGCUCUUUGUGACCUUGAAGAAGAACAUGGACUCUGAGGUGGAUGAGGUUGCUCAGGUCCUUCUGCAGAUGGUGUCCAACUCCCCAGAAUUUGUUCAGAAAGCAGCCAGUCAGACCCUGGGGAUCAUGGUGGAGAAUGUGACUCCUGCACGAGCAAUGACUGCUCUCAUGGACAUGGGAGUCAAGAUCCGUCACGCCCAGGUGCGGAAGUGCGGGGCCGAGCUCCUCCUGUCCCUGAUGGAGAGAAUUGGAGUCACAAAGCUGGCAGGCACAGCCAGGGCUGAGAGGCUGGCACACGUGGCAGGGAAGCUUGCUCAGGACUGUCACAAGGACACAAGGCAUUAUGGACAGGAGAUGGUGAAGAUGUUGCUCAAUCAUCAAAAAUUUAAAAUGCUUUUGGAGCGAUCUCUUUCCACCCAUGACCUGGAAGAUAUUCUGACAAGAAUGCAGAAGAAAGGGAUGGAAAACCAGAAGGCUGAACGCCCAUCUGUCAAGGAGCUGGUGAAGAAGAGGAACGAUGGCUCCAAGAAGCCCCAGGCCACAUUGUCUUCUAGCAAACGGGUGAAAUCUACCUCUGAUGGAUGCCUCCUACACCGUGCACAAGCCCAGGUCACGUUACCUCCGGUUGAGGAAGAAACAGAGCUGCUCCAGAAGCUUUACAAUCUCCUGGAGGCCAAGGGGUUUCAGACGCGCAUGGAAGGAGUGUCACUCCUCCAAGACUUGUGCAAAACUAGCCCCCAGCUCAUCUCCACUAACAUUGUCCAAAUUUUUGAUUAUUUUGUCCUGAGAAUAUCUGACAGCCACAAGAAAGUGAAGCAGAAGGCGCUGGACGUGCUAGCUGAAAUCACAGGCGUCCUGAAAGAUGCCUUGAACCCGGUGAUCAUUGGUUUGGUGGAAGGAAUAACGAAGAACCUGAACUCCAAGGAUCCCAGGGUUCGUGCCGCAGCUGUGAAAGCGCUGGAAGAAUCCAUUGCUCAUUUAGAUAAAGUAUCACUGCUGAAGGAGUUCAGCUACCAGUGGAAUCACCUGAGUGGCCAAGCUCUGCUGGAUGUCACGGAGUGUAUCACAGGUAUGGCCUCCCCUUCUAGGCCAAGAGGUCUUCCCAGGGAGUAUUUACAGGCAAUGCCUGUGAACAGACAGCAGAGUAGCUCCUCCAAACCAGGAGGUGCUGAGCUUGUCCCUCCUGCCCAGUGCCCAAGGCAGGUGUAUUUGGCAGGUUUCCCUGGCUGCUGCAGAGCUGUGCAGCACCUGAGAUGGGGGCAGAGCUCGGCCUCGGGCUGA